AUGAAUCUGAUUAUCACUCGUGCCCUAGUAAAGCAGUUUACCAUACCAGGUGUGGAAGAAGGGAGAGAGAAUAUGGCGCCAAGCAAGAGUACAGCUAAAGACGCUCAUGGAACCUCAUUGAAAGCCAGAAAUGCGCGGAAGAAUCAAAACUUUAGGAUGCUACUAGAUAAUCCUUUCACGCAAUCUAAUAUUUGGCCAUUUGUUGAACCACAGGUUUCAACUGAUAUACUUGACUUGUUUGAAGCACUUGUUGGUCCCUUAUUCAAGUCACAGGUGGAUGGUAAUAAAAGGCCAUUUGUUAAGGGGGUUAAUUAUGGGUUCAACUCUACUGUUGAAGUACUAGAGAGGCAAGCAGCGAACAAUAGAGGUAGGCGGAAGGAUUCGGUGGACCAGCUCAAGUACAUACUUGUAUGCAAGUAUGAUAUCACACCUCAACUUCUAAUAACUAUGUUUCCCGUGCUUUGUUUCACUGCUUCAAAAAGCCCCGACAAUCGAGUCAAACUAGUACAACUACCGAGAGGCAGCAUGAGCAGGCUAUCCCAAGUGAUUGGAGUACCCAAAACGGGGAUCGUUGGCUUGAGCAGUAACCUAAAGGAAGCGCAGGCUUUGUUUGAUUUGAUAGAGAGACGAGUUUCAAAUAUCGAUGCUCCGUGGUUGAACCAAAUUUUUGAAAACCCCAAUAUGUUUUAUCAACCAAAGGUGAAACAAAUUGUUACAGUUCGAGGAGAUAAGAAACAGAAACGGAAGCAAACGAGAGAAAUGGACACAGAAGCAAACGAAGCAAACGGAAACGGAAGCAAACGAAAGAAACGGAAGCAAAUGAAAGAAACGGAAGCAAACGAAGGAAACCAAAACAUGGGAUAG